AUGGCGACACUUGUGAGUGAGUUUUUGAUUUCUGAGCGCGACGCCAGCGAGUUCGCAGGCAGGAGGAUGACGGAGACAAGGAAGUCAGAGGAGAAGACUGGCGCGGGCGCCACAUUCCCGGUACACACUGCCAGCCAUCGGGAGACGCAGAAAGAUGGCGCGGCCGCGUCAAGCCUCCUCGCGCCAGAAGCAGAGACUCAAGCGCUAGACAGCGGCGCGCUGAGAGUGGCGAGGAAACAGCUUUCUCCUCUUCUGUCUAGCCACGCUUCUUAUCUCCUUGAGGAAGAAGAUCUUGGAGAAAUUUGCUGCUCACCCGAAGAGGCCACGGGCCGAACGAGUUCGCCGUCGCACGGAGAAAAGAGGAAAAGUCGCGCCCCAGGAUCCGCUGAAAAAUCGGGGCCGUUAAAGAAAAGAUGCGAGUUGACUGCGUAUGGCUCUCUGUUCUCGCCUUCUUCAGCUUGCUCUCCAUCCUCUGGGCCCGCGAAACGGCACCGCGAGGCAGAGAGCAUUUCCAGUCCAGUUCGCAAAGGGCAGGCUUCAGAGGACGUCUGCACGGGGAAAAGGAAGAUUGGGGGAAACGCUGCGGGCGAGAGAGGAGCUAGCGGUGCAGAGACGACGUCAGGCUGUGCUGAGGAUGCAGGCGAGCGGAAGAAGCGCGUCGUGAGCGCCCCUGGUGCAAGGAUUGCGGACGGCACAGGACGGAAGAAGGCAAGCGGUUCACUGCCUAUCCACGGAUUCGCUGACGCAAUCCGAGCUGCGGUGUCUGGACACCCGGUCACGCUGAUUGUUGGUGACACAGGAAGCGGCAAGACAACGCAGGUUCCUCAGUUUCUUUACCGCUUUGGCUUCACAGAGAAAGGCGCGAUUGCUGUCACUCAGCCUCGUCGAGUCGCUGCAGUCUCGCUCGCACGGCGCGUGUGCGAGGAGCUCGGCGACGAGAAAGGCAAUUGCUUGGGAGAAUUCGUUGGAUACAGCGUCCGUUUCGAGGACAAGACUACCGCUGCGACCCGAAUCAAGUUCUUGACAGACGGUAUGCUCGUUCGCGAGGCGAUGCUUGACGAGGCACUCUCUCGAUACUCGGUUAUUGUGCUUGACGAAGCUCACGAGCGCUCACUGCGGACGGAUAUUCUCCUCGGGUGGGUGAAGCGCCUUCUGGCCAAACGGAGAGACCUAAAGAUUGUCGUCAUGUCUGCCACGCUCGACACAGAAAAGUUCCUUCGCUUCUUCCCUGGAGCGAAACCCGUCUUCGUCCCCGGAAGACAGUUCCCCGUCGAAGUGCUCUACACGCCUGAACCCGAAGCGGAUUACAUUGAUGCCGCACUCAUCACUACGUUGCAGAUUCACACGCGCUAUCCGCCGGGGGAUAUCCUCGUCUUCCUGCCGGGUCAGGAGGACAUCGAGGGGCUGCAUUCUAUUUUGGAAGAGAAGCGGGAGCUUCUGCGGAAGGCGCUGUGCAUGGCCUCUCAGUCUCGCGCUGCUGAGGCAAGCGGCAAGCAGACGCUGAAAUCCGAGAAAGUGAAAGACAAAGACCGGAAACCCGCCAGCGUUUCUAUGGGCAACGCGGGCGUGCAGUUCUGCAUCGGAGAAGAUGUCGAGAUCGCAGAUCCGGAGAAGACGGCAGUCGAUCUCCUUGUGUGCCCGCUGUUCGCUGCACUUCCCUUCGACCGGCAGAAGGCUGUCUUCACUCCCGCGCCAGCAGGUGUCCGAAAGGUGAUUCUGGCUACGAACAUUGCAGAGACGUCUAUCACGGUCCAGGGCAUCCGGUACGUGGUCGACAGCGGACUCGCAAAGACAAAAUGCGUCAACCACCGCACCGGGGUGGAGGCGCUGGUCAUCGAGGAGAUCUCGCAGGACUCCGCGAAACAGCGCGCCGGUCGAGCGGGUAGAGAAGCUCCCGGUACUGUCUUUCGCAUGUACACCGAGGAUACGUUUAACAAAUUCAGACCUAGGAAAGUGCCAGAGAUUGUCACCUGCGAUCUCGACCAGGUCUUCUUGGAACUCAAGGCACUGGGGAUUGCGAAUCCCCUGGAGUUCCCCUUCCUCGACGCUCCUCCAAAGGAGGCCUUCGUAAACGCUGGCCGGACGUUACACCGUCUUGAGGCCAUCGACUCGCGCGGCGAACUCACUGAGCUCGGGCGAAAACUGGCUGCGCUCCCGCUCAAACCAAUGCUGGGGAAACUUCUCCUUGACUCGGUCGCUUUUGAAUGCACAUCCGAGAUACUCUCGAUCGUUGCCAUGCUCUCGACUGACUCCCUUUGGAAUAGUUAUCGGAGUCUCUCAAGCGAAAAGACGAGCCGCGUUUCACAAGCUCGCAAGCGUCUUGCCGAUAUACGAGGCGAUCACCUAACACUUCUGCACGCUUACUCGCAGUGGGAAGAGGCGACAGACAAAAUAGGUCUCUGUAACGAGUAUGGGCUGCAUCACAACGCAAUGAUGCGUGCAAAACAAAUCCGAUCUCAACUGGAAGAACUUCUACUCUCGCCGCAAAUCGGGCUGAAGAACAUUGCCAAAAGUGAUGCCACGGAUAGGUGGACGAAAGUCCGUCAGUGCCUAGCAGUGGGAUGCUGGUUGCAUACUGCCAGACUGCAACGAGACGGAAGAACCUACGUGACAACGGUUGAGAGGGAAACGGCGAAAUUGCAUCCGUCGUCUGUCUUAUCUGGGCAGCGCGCCUUGCCAGCGUGGGUUGUUUACAGCGAGUAUGUGCAUACGAGUAAACCAUAUCUCCGUGGCGUGACGGCCAUUGAAGGCCCAUGGCUUCAGCAGUUCAUUCCCCGUUGGUUCACCAUGGUCGGACAGAAUUAA